UGUACCGUUUGUCAUCACUCGGCGACCAACAACAGGUUAACAACGCCGUUAAGUACUAAUGAGUUGUUGCACAGCCGGUGCAGAUCACGGACGACGAGCGUUAUUGUAUUACCGGCGCUCGGGGCGGACAGCAAAACGUUUCGGAAAACAGAAUUCGGACGGUGCGCAACGUAACGCGUGAAUAUAGCACUGCCUCGAAUGCGCUAGUGAUAAUCGGCCGGUGUGAUUGUGUCCCGCGCCGCCGACGGCCAAUAAUAACAAUAACAACAACAAUACACACCAUAACAGGUACAUUUUACAUUGUAAUACGGACGUAAAUCGACAAUACACUGAUUGAUACUGGAUACUCCUUCGUACGGAACAAUUCGCGCGUCCACACAAAGAGUUCGUCCGCGUUUCAUGACUGUUUUUCUCGACGGACACGCGAAAGGAAAAAAGAAAUUAUGUACAAACGAAAUUGUUUUGUGACGCUGACCGCGAUGUACGUCGCGUCGAUGAUGGUCACCGCUGAGUCGCCGACUGGUGUGUACGUAGAUACUGGCAUCCAGACUGUUAAGCAAGAUAUAAUGUCUAUCGAAGAACGGAACGAGGUCGAACAGGAAAUAUUGACCAUGUUUGGUGUGCCUAAAAAACCGAGGAAGGCUCCGAAGAAUUUAAAUGGUUCAGCUCCUCAGUUUUUGUUUGAUGUCUAUAAAUCUCUACAGGAAGGGUCACGCGACAGAAAAACAAGAAGUGUUUCUGAUGUUGGACUAUAUGAUGAUCGAACUGUACAAGACAGUGAUGUUAUUGUUACGUUAUACUUAUCAAAUCAUUCUCCAAUAAGUAAUGUACGCCAUGAACAUGGAAAACAAAUUUUAUUUGAAUUAAAUGAUGUAGCUUCUAAAGAAACUCAUAUGAUUACUUCAGCUGAAGUUCAUUUAUAUCAAUCUGGUAAUUCAAAUAGUAUCAAAAAGUAUUCAGUAACUUUAUAUCAAGUUUUAAUAACUGAUAGUGGAAAUGGAGGUAAUAUAGUUGGUGGUCCUUCACUUCAGAAACACUACAGACGGAGAAGAAGAAAAGCAAUUGAAAGUAGUUUCAAUUCUAAUCCUUUUCAAAACAUUGGAGAUGGAUUUCAGUCUAGGAGUUGUCAGAUACAAACAUUAUACGUGAGCUUCAGAGAUCUUGAGUGGCAGGAUUGGAUUAUAGCUCCUGAUGGCUAUGGUGCAUUUUAUUGCACUGGUGAAUGUAAUUUUCCGCUCAAUACUCAUAUGAAUGCAACUAACCAUGCUAUUGUUCAAACUCUGGUACAUCUAAUGAGUCCAUUGCAGGUACCUAAACCAUGUUGUGCUCCAACGAAAAUGGCACAACAGGCAGUACUAUUU